AUGCUACCGUACCUCUUCCCUGACCUUGUUGCCUUUCCCACUGUUGCUGACCUCAUUACGCACCUCCGCACUAGUGACACUCGCUACCGCGCUGCGCUUCCUGCAAAGUUCAGCGCCAAGAACCCCCCCCCCAUGUACAUCACCCUCUACUACAUAGUCACCCGUCUCCCUGACACUCUCCGUGUAGUCAGGGACCACUUCCUCUCUGUUUGCCCCACCACUCUCACCGUUGACCUCCUCGAGAAGGCCCUCCUAGCGAUAGAGAAGAGCAUAGUCGUUGUAGCAGCCUCUCGUGGUGACCCUCGCACCCCCGUCUUUGAGGGGUGUUCCCCCUCCCCCCUCUUGCCCUCUGUUGCCUCUGCUGCUGCGGCCGACCUCGUUGGUUUCGAGUUGGUCGGCGCUGCGUCUACCCCGAGCGAGAGACGCCGCACCGGCAAGGGCAAGGGGGGCAAGGGCGCUGGAGGAGGUGGAGGGGGCGGUGGAGGUAGUGGUGGAGGCGGUGGAGGGAGUGGGGGUGGUGGUGGGAGUGGUGCUGGGGGUGGCGGCGGCGGCGGCAGCAGUGGAGGCGGCGGAGGCGGUGGAGGUGGCGGAGGGAGCGGAGGCAGCGGAGGUAGUGGAGGAGGCGGAGGUGGAGGAGGUGGCGGAGGCGGCGGAGGCGGCGGCGGCGGCGGAGGCGGCGGUGGUGGAGCGAGUCGCGACUUUGCGUCGAGGAGUGGCGCCGGUGGUGGUCAGCGCCAGCAGCAGCAGCGGAGUGGUGUGACCCUGUCCCCUCAGCAGCUUCGUGAGUGGUACACUGCACGCCAGCGCGGUGGGGGUUUUGGUCCCUGCUCUUACGUUCUCCGUACCGGCGACCGGACUGGUGAGCAGUGCGGGGGUCCGCACUCCACCCAGCGCUACUUUGGUCGCCUGACGGACGCGUGGCGUCGCCAGUUCCCUGAGGCGUCAGAGAUCCCUCGCUGGGGAGAUCUGGCUAAGGCCGGGGUUGCUAUCUUUGAUCUUGACUUUGAUGCUAUUCUUGCUGCCAUGUAUGCUGUUGCUGAUAGUGUUGAGGGUGCCUGUUACCUGUGUGUACCGCCUGACCCAGGCAUUGAGGCUGCUGCACUAGGUGCUGGUGAGACUGCUGCUCUAGGUGCUAGUGCGUCUGCUGCCCCAGGUGCCAGUGCGUCUGCCGCCCCAGGUGCUGGUGAGUCUGCUCUCUUAGGUACUACGUCGGCUCAGGCCUUCCACACCUUCACCCUGGACUCGGGUGCGUCCCGCUCCUUCUUUCGAGACCGCACCACUCUUACGCCGCUUAGUCGGCCGGUUGCAGUCUCCCUAGCAGACCCCUCUUGGGGUCCUGUCCUUGCUAGCUUCUCCACUGUCCUUCCGCGCCCUGCAGCCCCCUCUGGCACCCUGUCGAGUCUCUACCUCCCCUCGUUCUCUACGAACUUGGUGAGUGGAGCGGACCUACAGGAUCGAGGGGUUGACCAGUUCACUCCUGCGAAUCAGCGAGUGACCCACUGCAGUGUGGGGGGGUGUCAGUAG